AUGAGCUACUCGCGUGUGUACUCCAAGUCCGAGCUUCGCCCCUUUGACGUGAUGGUCGCUUGGCAGCUGGUGAAUGGAAAAGGCCAGGCGGAGGCUUUUGCCAUUGCCGCCACUAUAAGCUCACGCGGCCGCACGAAGCCUGCCAGCUCCCUCACGAAGAAGGAAAAGAAGGAGCGGGAUAAGAUGUGGCAGGACAAGUUCGACAAGUGGAAAGCCGCCCUCAAGGAGCGAGGUUGGAACUGGGUGAAGCUGAGGGCCAAAGUGCGGAGUUUGAAGAAGGAUGGCAUGACCUACGAGGCCAUCAAGAAGGACCUUGGGGUAAAGACGAAGGCGUGA